AUGUCCAACUCCCAAGAGGAAGAUGGCGAGGACUACUAUCUCCCAUUGCAAGACCAGCGUGUCUUUGGCGCUGGUAUACGGCGGAAACGUGUACCCUUCGUGCGAUCAUCCGAGCAUGAACUCAGCACAAUAAACCCAGAACGCCCAUCGUCUAUACCUCCGGCCCCGGGGCCGAGUAUUGCGGAUACAUACCUCUCGAUUGUGCUUAAAAAACAGAACAACAGUACAUCACCGAGCACACCUACAGGUCGAGAGGUAUUAACUCCAGUGCGCACCACAAAUUCCGCGCCGCCUACAUCAGAAGCCAUCUCCCCACCGCCACCUGCUCCCACAUCCAAGUCUCAAACCCCCGAUCACUGUGAAAUAUGCAACCUCCCAAUAUCCUCAGAGCCUGGAUCAGAUACCAACACAGAUACAUCCACCUCCCGACCCCACGAGGCCUCCCUCGCCCACCAAGUCUGCCUCCAACACUCGCAUCCACCCUCACAUCUCGACCGGACUCGUGCCGGCCUACGCUACCUCUCCAACUACGGAUGGGACCCCGACAGUCGCCUCGGCCUUGGUGCCACAGGGCGCGAAGGUAUCCGAGAACCUUUGAAAGGGCGGAUCAAGCGUGACACUGCGGGGUUGGGCACGGGUCUGGAUGCAGAUGGAGAUCGGUUACGAGUGGCGCCUCCCCCGCCGAAGAAGAAAGUUGAAAAGUUGAAUGCGAAACAGGCGCGGAAGGGGGCAUUCGAGGCUAGGAAGAGGGGGGAGAAGCUUAGACGUAUGUUUUUUCAGAGUGAUGAGGUGUUGAAGUACCUCGGGGAGGAUGCAUGA